CCAUUAUGACCACCAACAAAGAACCCCAAGAUAAGGGGCACGGAAAAACAGAACCCACCAAGAAUGGAAUAUCUGGAGGUGUGGGAAUCAUGAAGCGCUUGAGAAGAUCAGCCUCUGCCACGGAACACAAUCUAAGCAAUCUGCGAAACCGCAAAUCAACUCAAAACCUAUUCGAUCAGCAUGGCAAUCCCAUCGAUCUGCGGCAGUAUCGUAAAGUCUUGGAUAAGGAUGAGAAUGGAAAUGGAAAUGGGAAUGGAACGAAUGGAUCUGAGAAGAAGCUGAGAUAUAGGAGAACGCAGAGUGUGACUCGUGCUGAGGAAAUUUCGAAUAAGGAGGAGAAGCAGCGGAGGGCUCAACCAGGCAGACCGAUCCAUCGACCCAGAGACUCCCUGUUCUCCUGGAGCUCUGGAUUUACUAAUUUCACAGGACUGGUUAACUGGGGUUUUCUGCUGCUUUGCAUUGGAGGCCUGCGGUUGGGUCUAGAGAACCUGCUCAAAUAUGGCAUUCGCAUCAAUCCCCUGGACUGGUUCUUUUUCUUAAGCGGUCACAAUGAAGGCGAGGGUCACAAUGCCCUCAUCCUUAGCAUUUACUCUCUGGUUCACAUUUCCCUCUGUCUGGCUGUGGAAAAGGGUCUUGCCAUGGAAAUCAUUGCCGAAAGUUUAGGCAUCUUUAUCCAGAUUGUUAACAUUGUGGUGAUGGUCUGCCUGCCCGUGGUCACCAUUCACCUUAAAGGGCAUGCCUUCAGUUUGAUGGGUGCCUCAACUGUUUGCUUCUUUUACUCUGUGCUGUUUCUAAAACUCUGGUCCUAUAUACAAACGAAUAUGUGGUGCCGACAGACCUACUACCAAAAGAAUCCCCGGGAACGUCGACCCAGCAUUACUUUAGCGGAACUGAAAAAUGGGUUUUUGGAUGGCGGUGAAGAAGAUGAGGACGUUUCAAAGUUGGUGCAAUAUCCGGAUAAUCUCACCUACAGGGAUCUCCUGUACUUCCUUUGUGCUCCCACACUCUGCUACGAGUUGAACUUCCCUCGAACUUCGCGCGUGCGCAAACGCUUUUUGCUCAAGCGCUUGUUGGAGGUGGUGAUUGGAGUGAAUGUGGUGAUGGCUUUGUUUCAGCAGUGGAUAAUUCCCUCGGUUCGGAACUCCCUGAUACCGUUUUCCAACAUGGAUGUGGCAUUGGCCACCGAACGACUCCUUAAACUGGCGUUACCCAAUCAUUUGUGCUGGCUGUGCUUUUUCUACCUGAUGUUCCACUCGUUCCUAAAUGCGGUGGGAGAGCUCUUGAACUUUGCCGAUCGAAACUUUUACUGUGAUUGGUGGAAUGCCAAUAAUAUUGAUACCUUCUGGCGGACCUGGAACAUGCCAGUUCACAGGUGGUGUGUCCGUCAUCUUUACAUCCCAGUGGUCCAAAUGGGCUACUCCUCAAGACAGGCUUCCACUAUUGUCUUCCUGUUCAGUGCCAUCUUCCACGAAUAUUUAGUUUCCGUUCCCUUGCAAACCUAUAAGAUCUGGGCCUUCAUGGGCAUGAUGGGCCAGAUUCCUCUCUCAGCCAUUUCCAAGUCGAUUGAGAAAAAGCUGGGUCCCCGAAUGGGCAACAUAAUCGUGUGGGCUUCCAUAAUACUCGGUCAACCUCUGUGCAUAAUGUGCUACUAUCACGACUACGUGGUUCAGCAUUUUAAGCACUCACUCAACGGCACCGACUACGGCAGUUAG